AUGGGCGCUCUCGGUAUCCUCAAGAAGGUCGGCGGCUGGUUCGCUCCUCCGCCCGACAAGGCCGACGACGGUCGCGAUGUCUGGCCCUCGCGUGCUGCCUUCUUGCUGGCUUCCAUGGGUGGAUGCGCUGGCAUGGGUAACCUGCUUCGUUACCCUUCGCAGGUCUACAACAACUACGGUCUCCAAUGGUUCAUCCCCUAUCUGAUGGCCGUUUUCCUCAUCGCCAUUCCCGUCCUCAUUCUCGAGAUUGCCAUUGGCCAAGCUUUCCGCGGCGGCUCCGUCAUCGCCUUCAACAACAUCAACCAGCGCCUCAAAGGCACCGGCAUGGGCUUGCUCUACAUUGGCUUCGUUGUCGGCCCCUAUUUCACCGUCAAUUUGGCCUGGAUCAUGACCUACUUUCGUGCUUCUUUCCAGAGCCCCUUGCCGUGGGGCGGCCGUGGUCAGGAAUUCUUUGAUGACGAGGUCAUCAGGAAUCCGCCCCCAAUCCCGGCAGACGAGAGUGCGUCGGGAUUUGUGGAGUACCCUCAUGUUGGCAUGCUUGGCGAGACAUCUGGGUGGAUGGUCUUUACCUGGUUCCUCGUCUGGCUGUGUAUUUUCAGGGGUGUUGGCCUGACGGGUCGUGUUGUUUACUUCACCAUGGGCCUGCCCAUCAUCAUGACCAUUGUCCUGAUCGGUCGCUCUCUGUCUCUAGACAAUGCCGGCGAGGGUGUCAAGCUCUUCUGGGCCACCUGGAGAGGCUCUGAACUUGCCGACGGUACUGUUUGGCAGACAGCUUGCGGACAGGUCUUCUUCUCAACUGGUGUCGGUUUCGGGUACUUUACCUCAUACGCUUCCUACAACCGCAAGCACUCGAACGCUGUUGUUGAUGCCAUUGCCAUUGUGUGCAGCAAUGUGGCUUUCGAAAACAUCGCCGCCUUUGCCAUCUAUGGCGUUAUUGGUUUCGCCAGGCUCUGGCCAGAGGAAGGUGUUCGAAUUGGUGGCUUCGACAUUGGAUUCCGUACGCUGCCACUCGCCAUCGUCCAAAUGCCCGGCGCAAACUUUUGGGCUGUCGCUUUAUUCUUUACGCUCAUGACCCUCGGCUUUUCUUCCGCCUUUGCCAUGUUGGACGCCGUCGUAACCAUGGUCAUGGACUCUGGCAUUAAGCUCUCGCGCCCCAUCGUUGUCAGCGCACUAACGCUGCUGUCACUUCUGUUUUCUCUGCCAUACUGCACAGAGUUCGGAUACUACCUCCUUAGUGGCGUCGACCGCUGGGUCAAUGAUGUCGCGCUGGUCUUCGUUGUGUGGUCGGAGUGCGUGACCUCGACUACAAUUUACCGCUGGAAGGAUGUCGCUGGACAGAUCGGCGUCCCUGCUUACGCCGCCUACCAAGUCGCCUAUUUUGGCGGCCAGAUUCUUGGUGUUACUGUGGCCCAGGCUGUCAGUGCCGAGGCUGGUGCUGGCGUUGGCUUCGGUAUCUACAUUGUCGCAACCGUUGUUGCCCUGUUCAUUGCCAAGACACCCGAUGUCCGUCCGGACAACAUGUUCAAGGCCAACGUCUUCCUGACGAGGUUUUGGUACAUGGCAUUCUACUCGGCCAACCAACUUCGUCGCGAUUUGAACACUAUUGUCGGCUCUGGCAAGAAUUGGAACAUCCCGGCCUUCUGGGGACCCCUGGUCAAGUAUGUCGCCGCCCCAAUUCUGGCCAUUGUGUACAGUUUCUCGUAUCCAGCCUUCUACGCCGAGGGGCGCAAAGACCCUUUGCACAUCUUCGGCUUUGCUGUUGCCCACAUUGUUCUCAUCAUCAUUGCCGCGGGCUUCAUCGCCCCCCGCUGGUUCAACGUCUUUAUCCCCGCCCACCGCCAAAACGAGGGAAAGAUUCCCUACGCUCCGUGUGUUACAAACGGUGCCCUCGAGGUCGAGGUCACGGAGAACAUGGAGGCAGGUCAGCGUCAGACUUCUGACGACGAAGUCAUCCGGGAGAAAGAUUCUCUGCCGAAAGAUAGCCCACAGGGACACCAACAUGCGCCGCUCGUGGAUGGGCCUGUGGACGACAACAAGGCACCUCUUCGUGAGGAGCCGUUGAUCCGCUAGAUAGUGGGACGGCUAUUUCUUGAUUUUCUGCUCACUUUGGAUACCCACACUUAACAUGCUAGGGCGUCGCAUGAGGCACAUUCGGCAUAUGGCAUUUGGCAUGUCAGGGAAGGAACCUAGGCUUAUGGUGACAUGGGGAAACACCGGGGUCGUCGAGAUUUCACUGCGUUGAUUUGAUC